UGGCGCCAGGUUUGUCGUGCUUUGCGCUUUGUGGCUUGAUUGUAGAGCUUUGGACAAUCCAGCCGGUUGCCACGCGGGAGCUGUGCCCUCGUCCUAUCGCCCACCAAUGCUCGCGAGCUUGGUCUUUCGCCGUGUCCAUUCUCCCUUUUGCUCCUCUCGGCAUAGGACUCUAUACAGCUUCAGCUCAAUAAUGCAGGCGUGGAAAUUCGCGAGCGUUGUGGCGCUCUUGGCGUUGAGCCAGCAGGUUGCGGCGAAGGGAAGUAAGGAGGACAAGGAGCGUCCGGGUAUCUGUGAGGAGACCGAGGACUGCAAGGCGGACGGAUACCAGUGCGUGGCUCUACAGACCACGCGUGCCGGUACCGACACGGUCAAACAGUGUCUGCCCAAGGAACAGGACUCGGACGUGUGCUCGGGGCAGUACCCGGGUCUGUGCCCCACCUUCUCGUCUUGGGCGAGUCCGUACAACCAGAUCAGCAGUGUCUGCACGUACAAACCCGCCGAGAAGUGCGUGACCGGCACCACCAACAGCAGCUCGGGCUCAGCCGCGGGCGUCAUCUGUGUGGCCGGCGCCAAGGACUCGAACGGCGAGACUAUCGACGCUAUCUACGGUUGCGUCGACUUCGACACGAGCGCCCUCGAGGUGCUUUUCGGUGACGAAGACGCCAACGACCUGGCCGACGACCUGUCGACGGCUUCGGCUCUAAUCUCGAACUGCCUCAGCACGAACGCAACGAGCAACUCGACGCUGCUUUGCGCCGGUCAGGGAACGUGCGUCCCGGACACUAUCGGUUCGCUCAACUACACGUGCCGUUGUAACAUCGGCUACAGCGGCGACUCCUGCGACAACAUCGACUCCAACAAGUGCCAACUGCCGGGCCAGUGCGCUACGGGUUUGUGCAACCUUGAGACUCAGGAGUGUGAGUGUGCUGCCGGCACGACGGGCGACCAGUGCUCGGAGUGUGACGCUACGUCGGACAAGGCUUGCAACGGUAAGGGCACGUGUUCCGACUCGGUGUGUGAGUGCGAGGAAGGCUGGGAAGGUCUUCAGUGCACCAAGAAGAGUGCCAAGAAGAAAUCGUCCAAGUCUGCAUCCAGCAAGGACUCCACGUCGGACACCACGACCGGCAGCUCCAGCGCCGUGUCGGCUCAUCCUCUCAGCUACGUCGCUAUGGGCGUGGCCUCCAUCCUCGCUGCUGCUUUCUUCAAUUAGUCGGAUUUACCAUAAGUAAUUCACUAUUCUUUUGUGUGUUUC